UUGAAACUGGUUUGAACCGGAAAUAACCGUUUCAUGAUUUUAUACAGUCUAUGGAUGAAACAACACUUAUUUCAUAUUUAUGGCCUAUAUUCGCGAAGAAGCAUUUAUUUUGUCCUUUAAGACGAACAUAUUAUCUUCAAUAUUCAGAAUACAUCCUCCACAUAGCUAAAGACCUGAGGCUCGAUCCCCUCGUUGGAUACCAUGCCAUCGAAUUACUUCAAAGGUUCAUGGUUAAACACCUCACAGAUUUGUUCACCACACCUACACCUCAAGGUGCGACCACUGAUCCACUAAAAAGUUAUGAGGGUGCUGUGUUUGACAAGCUCAAGGAGAAACUCCCUCUUAUCAUCUUCUCCUGUGUGCAGCUAGCAAGCAAAAUGUCUCUGCACAGUCUUAUCAUCGACAACAAUACUGCCGUGCAUUUUCUGCACUCAAUUGGCCUCAGUGUUUCAAAGCAGAAAGUCCUGGAUGCAGAGCUGAUGGUUUUGAAAGGGCUUGAUUUCAAACUAUACGCCCCUAACCCCCUGUCAUACGUGGAAAUCCUUCUGGAGGUUCUCGGAUACAACGAGCCGUCUCUCUCUGUGGAUCACCUGUAUCCCCUGUGCCACCAUGUUCUCCAGUUCGUCAGCCUCCAGAGAACUGCCAUCUAUGACGCCCUGUUAGCCAUCCAGUGUGGGAGCCCAUCCACAGAGCAGAGAGAGAAGUUUGUGACAGUGACCGAAGACUUCAUGCUUCUUGGUAUUGGUGUGAUUUCUGUGGCUACCUUCAUCUUCGUUGUCAGUAAAUGGGAGCAGGUGGUGGCAGAGCUGAGUCACAUCACAGGAAUCUCACAGAGAAGCAUCAGCGAAUUCACAUGUGUGACAGUGAAGCACAUCGUUGGAGACAGAUCUCCUGCAACAUCGACUUGACUUUUGUUACCAUCACUUUAUACUACUGCUGUUUGUGAUGAAGUUGUACUACUGCAACUAAGACAGGUGUUUACAUUUAGAACAAAGCAUCUGUGCAAUGAUAUACCUCUGAAAUGGAACUCUAAUAAUCAUUUUACAUCUUUAUGGUUAAUUUUUAUUAUUUUUUGCAAAUUGCACCAAAUGUAUGUUUAGUUUCUGUGCUUUAAAAGUAAUAUAGAUCUUCCACCUGAAAUAUUCAGUGUCACCUGCCAGAUGUAUUUCUACGUGACUUACAAUGAACACUUAAUACAAAAUAUAAUAAACACUGCAUUGACUGUAA